AUGGCCAUAGAGCUGUUGGCUUUUGAGGGCAAGCUAAACAGCGGGCGCACGAACUGGGCUUGUCCUUUCGAUUGCAAGGAGAACUUCCCGACCGCAAAGGCAUUGAUGCGACACGUGCCUUUUUGCGAGCACUUUGCCAACCAGAGGGUUUUCUGCAACAUGUGCUGCGCAUACGACUGCUUGGAAACCCAUGAACUCCCAGCCUCGUCGUCCCUAUCGACUCAAAAGAGGGCUCUGCGCAAAUUCGCGAAAAUCUUCACGCGGUCGAGAUCGCCCCUUCCGCAAUCCCCAGAGCCUGAGGAGGCGCAGAGGAUAUCCAGCCCGCAGAGUCGGGCUGACACUGUCAGCCCAAGUUCCAGUAUGAGCGGCAAGUCGGCUUCGAUGGGGUCUAUUUUUGAGUCGCCAAGACAGAUCAAGAUGCAAUCACCGUCUCCGGUUCACAGCCCAGAGAUAACCAGUGGGAUCAGCGAAAUGGGCGGGAACCCAAUUUCUGAGCUUGACGACUCGCUGAUUCCGCAAGAGCUGCCCGAUCCCGUUCAUCAGCCACAGAUGUUGCCCAAUAUUGGAAUCGGGCCGGAGCAGGAUGCUUGCAAUAAUCCAACGCAGCAUGAAAUCUCAGGAUUCCAGCCCCUGGUCCAUGAUACGGCUGCAAACAUAGAUUUCGAUAUGGAAGAUGAGCUAUUGUGCUUAGAUCCGUUCAAUGAAUCUUUCUUCACGGCUCCCUUCCCUCAUCAUGAUGCCAGCAGGGAAGCGCCAGCCCAGAAUUUUGUAUCCCAGGAAGGUCAGGGAGACGUGAAUUUUAUGUACCAAAACGGCGUGUCAGAAUUUCCCACAGAGCUCAGCACAAAGCAAUUGCCACAUACUCUCACUCCAGACAUUGGAUCUCUGGACAGAAAUCACCAACCUAGUUCCCAAGACUCCUCAUUGUCCAACAGCUCCCUACCUGACCUUGGCUCUCAGCCACCAGUUGGCGGCAAGAUGCCUCGGGGACCACACAUCUCUAUUCAGGUGAACCAACUCUCAGCAACUACGCUCUCACCAUUCACCCCGAUUUCUCAUGGAGCUCACCGGUUCAACACAGGCCUGGAAUCCCCCAUCACACCCGUUCAGCAGGACGGCCAAAUCUUCAAGUGUCCUUACUGUGAGUACAUCACCACAGGGGAGAAGACGGGAAGUUAUCCCACCUACUUCAAGAAACAUCUGGAGACGCAUGGCAACAACACGUUUCCCUGCCCCGGUUGUGAAAAGCCAUUUACACGCAAGGAUAAUUUGAAUGUGCACAUGAGGGACUACUGCUCGAGUUUACGGACUAUUGGGAUAGGAAGCCGAGAUUACUGGGGAGACAGCCGAGGACUCGCAGAAGGGGCCGUCGGGACGGUCUACAGGCUGUCUCUGAGGGGUCUUCACGAAAUUCACGAGUAUAUGGAAGAAAGAAGAUAG